AAAAGGAUUUGGAUGCUUUUGAAUUUAUUCAAGAAAGGCUCUCUACCAUAAAUGCGUCCAAAGAUGCCAACUUCAGGAGUGUGAAUUCUGCAAGUCUGCAAAAUCAGAAAAAUGGAUAUUUCUUGUUUACAUGUAAACGCUCUGGAACAUGCACACCCCGAAGUCGAAGGGCCAAAGGAUGUAAGGCCUAUGUUUCCUUUAAAAAGAGGACAGACUGGCUCAACAAACUUGUUAUAGUUGAAAGGAUUUACAGGAUUCAUUCAGGACAUGACCCAACAAGUUCUUCUGAGGGUCACUCAGAAAAAAUUAGUCAAGAGCUGGUCAAGCAUAUUCAAGAUUUAAUAUCUCUUGGUGUUAAGCCAGGUACAAUUCUCUUAAAAUCACACGAAUGGUCAAAGGAACAAGGGCAUACUGAUCUCAACAACCGAGCAUAUUUUGUUACCCCAAAAGACAUUGAAAAUAUUCGGACAUGUAUGAUGCGAAAAAAUCAGCAACACAAAGAUGAUGCCAAUAGUACAACACAACUUCUUGAGGGCGCUUUCAGAGACAGUGUUAUUUUUUAUCAGCCUUACAGUCCACAAACAGAUCUAGUCAUAGUUCUACAAACACCAUCCAUGAGAGACAGCCUUCAAGAAUAUGGAAGAGAUAUUGUUUUUAUGGAUGCAACACAUGGCGUCAACCAGUAUGGCUUUCCUUUAUUUACAUUAGUUGUCAGGGACAGUCAUGGUCAUGGCAUACCCAUUGCCUAUAUCAUCUUGGGAAAUGAAAAGCAGGCCAUGCUUCAGCUGGCACUGGAAAAGCUGAAACCAACAUUUCCUGUAGCUCCAAGGUGCUUUAUGGUUGAUAAAGACCAGGCUGAAAUCAAUGCUAUCCGUAAGGUAUUCAACGAGUCACAUGUUCUCCUUUGUUGGUACCAUGUAACCCAAGCAGUAACUCGUUGGCUGUCAAGAUCUGAAUCUGGAGUGAGUGGACCUGAAAAGGCAGAUUCGAGAGCACACAUCAUGCAGUUAAUGUCGGAGCUGAAAUCCUGUUCCACGGAACAUGAAUUCAAGAAAAAAGCUGAGAUGUUUCACUGCCAGUUUAAGAACUUAAAAGAUGUCUGCAAGUACUUUAGGAACCACUGGGAGCCAAUUGGUCGUCUGUGGUCUAACUUCGGAAGAUGUUAUAAGCAUGGAGACUCAGAAACAAACAAUCUAAUAGAACGCUUCUUCCACCGUUUAAAAUACCAAUUCCUCUGUGGCAUCCGGAAUCGUAGAUUGGAUCAUUUGAUUGAUGUGCUACUAAACAAGACUGACACGUACUUUAACAUAAUACAGGAUUUGCAGUCUGCUGGGAGGGUCCAUAACCCUCUGGAAUGUAAAAUGGAAGAAAUAAAGAAGUCCGCUCAGAGGAUGCUAGACAAUGGUUGGGCCACAGCAGUUACUGCAGCUUCAACAGAAACAUACGUAUACAAUGUUCCAUCUGAAAAUAAUCCACAUGUAGUUUACUGUGUAUGCCCUGCAGAGCAGUUCUGCAAUUGUCUCGCUGGUACAAGGGGACAUACAUGUAAGCAUCUCAUUUUAUUAAGUCUUCUCACUUGUGGGGAUGGUGAGACCUUUCCAGAUAUGGACACACAACUGCAAGCCCAUGCCAACAACUUGAUACAAAAGAAUAAGUAUAGCAUUUCUACAAAGCCUCAAAAAACACUAGAGGUUGAAAGCUUAUUUGGAAGAGCAGUAUCAAAACCAUGUAUAGUGACGAAUUUAUGUGACUGCUGUACUUUCUCAUAUCAUAAAAAAUGUGCUUGUCUACUACUUGCAAAGGGACUUUUAAAUGAGAUGAAUGAGACAACAUCAAAACAUGCAAUUAACAUUUCAGUGGAGCCUAUACAGAAUGAAAUUGCAGAUGAAGAUAGGCGUAGUACAACUAUCAGGAAACUGGAAAGCAUAUUGAAGACUUUACAGACCUGGGAGAGAAUUCCUGAGGACAUUGCCCAUAAAGUCAAUGAACUAGAAGUGCAAACAAAGGAAGAAAAUAUAAACUUUAAAAGAUUUGUGCGACUUUGUGAUGAGGACAAGUCACGUAAAAUACGCCCACUAUUUGCAAACCGAAAAAGAAAGACUGACAGAAACACUGCCUCAGAGACGAGGACAGAUGUCACAUCAAGUUUUCCUAUUAAAUCAAGAAGAAAACACAAAGCAAUCAGUGGUCCAAAAAGAUAA